AUGGGACCCGCCGAAGACGACAAUCAACCCGACUUCCGAGCCACAGGAUCUGAACAAGGAGUCACAGACACUGGGCUUGUAGAUAAGCUCACAGAUUUCCGAUGCGAAAAAGUAGAGAGUGCAGGUACAUGCCUUACGGCACAUUUAGUCUCACGUUCCAUCUCUCGUCUGCAUACAAUGUCGCUUCCUGACGAAAAGAGUCCCAAAGAUGCCUUCGUCAUCGGCGAAAGCGAAAACGAAGCUCAUGAUGGAGUCAAAGUCCCUUAUCAUGUAGAUACCGAGAGGUCAGUCUACGUGGACUCCAAGAGGACGUGGAGAUCAUUCUUCUGGUCGACACUAGAUGUUCCCAAAGAUGAAGCACGGUUUCUGACCAAGCUCGAUUUGACACUCAUAUCAGCAUCAGCUCUCGGCGUUAUGUGUCGCUAUCUUGAUCAAGUCAACAUCACGAAUGCUUUCAACAGUGGAAUGAAAGAGGAUCUUUCGUUGUUCGGGAAAGAACUCAACUACGCCAACGCUAUUUGGAGUGCAGCAUACGUGUUCGGACAGAUACCGUCGAACCUACUUCUCACCCGAGUCAAUGCUCCUCUUUACAUUGCAUUUCUCGAGUUUGCCUGGACAGUCUUCACAUUCGCGACUGCCGGGGUCAAAGAUGUCAAUCAACUUUACGUGUUCCGCUUCUUCGUUGGUCUGUUUGAAGCAGGGCACUUUCCAGCCGUCAUGUAUGUAUGUUCUAGUUACUACAAGCCGCACGAACUGGCGCGGCGCAACACACUGAUUCAAGUAUUCACUUCUGUCGGACCACUUUUCUCCGGCUUCCUGAUGGCCGCUGUCUACGCUGGCUUAGACGGAAAGAGUGGUCUCACAGGCUGGCGAUGGAUGUAUAUAAAGGUCAGUGUUUGCGGGUGCAUAUCCCUACCUUGUGCGAUAUGGACGGCAUUUGCCAUGCCACAGCUUCCUUCUCGGGCUAAAGCGAACUGGAUCUUCACCGAGAAGGAAGUCGAGCUCGCCCGCGCUAGAAUGCCUACCGAAGUCAAACCUUACACUGGAUUGUUCAAGUGGAAGGAUAUCAAGCGAUGGCACACGACGUGGCACGUCUACCUCUUCCCGCUAUUCUUUACGUUCCUUGCUCAACUAGGCCAGUCCGGAGGAUCAAUGAUCUUCUGGGUCAAGAGCUACAACGUGACUGGAAAGCCGCCAAGAUUUUCCGUAGCAGAGAUCAACAUCAUCCCACUUGGAAUCAAUAUUAUUUCCAUUUUCGCCACUCUUGUCAACUCAUGGGUUUCGGACAGCUUGCCUGGAGCAGCUCGAUGGCCCGGUAUGUUGUUCGCCAGCGUCAUGGCGAUCAUCUUUCCCAUUGCACUGGCAGCUACACCCGUGCAUCCAGCGAACAUUGCGACUCGAUGGGCAUUGUAUUACCUCACCGCACUUUCAAGCACAUGCGCCGGUAUCACAUGGACAUGGGUGAACGAGACAAACCGGCACGACCCCGAAAAGCGGGCAUAUGUGUCUGCAAUGAUGAACGCGUUCGCCUACAUUUUCACGGCGUGGGUGCCCAUCUUCACUUUCCCUGCCAACCUUCAGCCUUUCAUCGUGACUGGCAACUACAUUACAGCUGGAUUCGGAGCAGCUGCCGCAGUGACGGUACUCGUCAUCCGACACUUCUACAACCGAGAUCUGAAGACACAAAGCGAGCUCAAAUUCUGA